GCCCGGGCCCCGCAGGAGGCGGCGGGGGGCGAGCGGGUCCCCUGCGCCGCGGGACGCGGCUGGGCGCUUGGGGGUAACUUCGUCCCGGUGCUGAGGCGCAGAUCGCCGGGCGCUGCGCCGGGACGCGGCAGCGAGAGGCCUGCAGCAGGGCCAGAGCGCCGCCGAAAUCCCGGCGGGCCGGACACAGGCAGCUUAGCCGGGCAUUAGGUCAUCGGCGCGGUCUGUAAACUUCCUCCCGAGCGCUGCGUUCAUCUCACGGAUCUGAAGUCUUGCACCCGACUGAGCGUCCUGUAAAGCGCGCUUGAAGGAGGUGGCCCUGCUCGCUUGGCUCUCGCUGGGUUGCUGCUUCAGCGUUUGGAGAGCGUAGCACAAACCAGAGGCGAGCCCGUGGUUUCUGUAUCCCAGCACAUCAAACCCUGUUAAACUCGGGCAAAGUUGGUUGCAGAAGCAGCACUUGGUCUGAGCCCGGAAUGAUGAUGCCUGGUCUAUGCCCGUGUAAAAUACCGCUGAAGCAGAACAAGAAAAUACAGAAAUCUGUAUCGUCUUACAGGAACACGACUUGCAUAGAUGCCUGCCAGUGGCGGCCAUUCUUUUGGAUUCAGACCAAAACUGCUGCUUUUGUUUGUAAUCUUACUCUCUAUGUGAUCAAUCAUACGUGAGGUUUAAAGCAAUGCAAAUAUCUUCUUGGUUUUUGUCAUUCUUAGCAUGCUGGUUUAAUUUGUUGUGUUCUUCACUGUGUUUUCCUUUGUCAUCUCAGCACAUGGAAGUAAGUUCUCUUUUCUCCUCAGUCAUUAAACAAAACCUGUGCAUUCUUCAGGGAGCAGUAAGUGGAUUCUCACUGUUACAAAAAAGAAAAUAUCGACUGCCUUGAAUAAAAAGACCCUUUGUUUCAAGGAGACCUCAUGGAAGGAGAGCUUUAUUCUGCUCUUAAGGAGGAAGAGGCCUCUGAAUCAGUUUCAAGUACAAACUUCAGCGGUGAAAUGCACUUCUAUGAGCUUGUAGAAGACACAAAAGAUGGGAUCUGGCUGGUACAGGUCAUAGCAAACGAUAGAAGCCCACUGGUGGGUAAAGUCCACUGGGAGAAAAUGGUGAAGAAAGUAUCAAGAUUCGGCAUACGUACUGGCACUUUUAACUGUUCCAGUGACCCCAGGUACUGCAAGAGGAGGGGUUGGCUGAAAUCCACUCUCAUUAUGUCUGUUCCGCAAACUAGUACCUCCAAGGGGAAAGUAAUGCUUAAAGAGUACAGUGGGCGCAAAAUUGAAGUGGAGCACAUUUUCAAAUGGAUCACAGCCCAUGCCGCUUCUCGGAUCAAAACCAUCUACAACUCUGAACAUCUAAAAGAAGAAUGGAACAAAAGUGACCAGUAUCGGGUGAAAAUAUAUCUGUUUGCCAACCUUGACCAGCCUCCAGCAUUCUUCUCCGCAUUAAGUGUAAAGUUUACUGGACGAGUGGAGUUUAUUUUUGUGAAUGUGGAAAACUGGGACAAUAAAAGUUACAUGGCAGAAAUUGGUAUCUACAAGACACCAUCCUACAUACUUAGGACUCCCGAGGGGAUUUAUAGGUAUGGAAAUAAUACUGGUGAAUUUAUAUCACUACGUGCCAUGGAUUCCUUUUUGCGUUCGUUACAACCAGAAGUUAAUGAUUUAUUUGUUUUAAGCUUAGUUUUGGUUAAUCUGAUGGCUUGGAUGGACUUGUUUAUUACACAAGGCGCUACUAUAAAGCGCUUUGUGGUUCUUAUAAGCACUUUAGGGACGUAUAAUUCAUUAUUAAUUAUUUCCUGGCUACCUGUAUUAGGUUUUUUGCAACUUCCUUACUUAGAUAGCUUUUAUGAGUACAGUUUAAAACUCUUCAGGUACUCUAAUACAACUGCUUUGGCUUCUUGGGUAAGAGCCGACUGGAUGUUCUACUCUUCACAUCCUGCCCUCUUCCUCAGCACUUACCUUGGUCAUGGUUUACUAAUUGAUUACUUUGAGAAAAAAAGAAGACGCAAUAACAAUAAUGAUGAAGUAAAUGCUAAUAAUCUGGAGUGGCUGUCCAGCCUGUGGGACUGGUAUACCAGCUACCUGUUUCACCCUAUUGCUUCUUUUCAACACUUUCCUUUUGACUCAGAUUGGGAUGAAGAUCCGGAUUUGUUCUUAGAGCGACUGGCCUUCCCCGAUCUCUGGCUUCACCCUCUGAUACCAACUGAUUAUAUAAAAAACUUACCGAUGUGGAGGUUUAAAUGCCUGGGUGUUCAUUCUGAUGAGGAAGUGCUGGAAGACUUUCAAGACAGCGAAAGUGACUCUGACAGUGAAAACAAAGAGAUCUUCAGUAGUGAAAAAGAAAUCUCUGAGGACGAUGAGCUAAAUACAUUUCACAGGCCCGACGAAGGAGCACCUCGGUGCGGCGCCGAGACCUGUUCGUGUGCCAAUAAAUAUUGUCAGAACGAGCCAUAUGAAAGGAAAGCGAGAUCAUAUGGGUCGUACAGCACUACAGAUGACCUGGAGCCAGAUUGGUCAGCCUGGCCCUCGGAGAUGUUGCACUGUACAGAAUGUGUUGUGUGUCUAGAAAACUUCGAAAGCGGCUGUCUGCUCAUGGGCUUGCCCUGCGGGCACGUGUUCCACCAGAAUUGCAUCGUGAUGUGGCUGGCCGGGGGGCGGCACUGCUGCCCCGUUUGCAGGUGGGCUUCGUACAAAAAAAAGCAGCCAUACACACAUCCACAGCCUUUGUCAAAUGAUGCCCCAUCUUAGCUGUGUGCUGAUGUCCUUUGUAAGCUUUCAGGAUAUUACUGCUUGCCUUUUAAAUGUUAGUCACUUUAAAAAUUAUGUGGUUUGAAGUUUUAGUUUAAAUGUUAGUGCAGUGAACUAAAAUACACGAUGCUAACGUUAACGACAGAAUCAUUUGGUUGCCUUGUAUGUUGAACUGAAUGCAUACUUAUCGUACAAUAAUUUUUUUCUUUUCAACAUUUGGAAACUUGAUGCUGUUUUUGUAAGCACAAAAAUCAAGCCUACAACAGAAGCGUACUCCAGCAAACGUUUACAAGUUAGGACGUGGGUGAAAUUGAAAUUCUAAUCAGAGACAAUUGCUUAAUUUAAGUGUUUCUUAUUUUAGAGUCUGUUCAGCACAUCUUUGUUGAAUAAUGUAUGUUGUAAGACAGUACCAUUUAAAAAGAAAUCCGUGAAAUAAAUUAUUUUAAAAGGAGAUUUGUAAUGUUAAUUGUUUUGAUAAAUAUUUUAUGUGUAUGGUUUCGGAUGUCUUGCUGGUCUGAUUUAUCUGUGAAGACAAUAAAAAUAUAACACAUGUUUUGUGACUAAUAAA